AGAUGCCAAGUUCUAGUAUGAACGGAUAGCGCUUGCCAACAGUGACGGCGAGCGGCACUAAAAGGAGGCUCAUUUGAAAUCUUAUUGGCUUCUUGAGUGUCAGGCAAGUACUAGCUCAGAGUCCCUUCUAUUUCGGAACUCGCCGAAAUAUACAUCUAUAAAACACCAUUUAUAUCGACCUUCGCAGCUACCGUACUGCACUAUACCCCGUUGUCCUUCUGCCAUGCUCGCAACAUCGGUUUUUAAGGCCGGGCUAUUGAUCAUCACAGUGCUUGGGCACUAUGUUAGCUUGACUCCGCCCUGCCCUCCGAGCUCGAAAGGCGACAAGGUGUACAGAGGACAGCCGUUUGAACGUGUCGUGAUGUUCUUGAUCGACCUCGACAAGGUCACCGUUGCAUUAGUCAGCGUCGCUCACAUCGCUGUCAUGCUCUUCCUUUCUGUGGAUCACCCCGGUCAGCAUGGGCAGCAUGGGCAGCUUGUGCUUUCCCACCUUUGCCCGAGCCCUGCGCCCCGCCUCGAGACUCUCGCCUCACUUUCUCCGGCAUUCCUCUUCGGCGUCUCCAUGAUCAUGCUCGGGUCAUUACUCCGCAUGCGGUGCUACACUGCACUUGGUGCACAGUUCACCUACCUCGUUACUGUCAAGCCAAGACACUCUCUCGUCACAUCCGGACCAUAUAAAUAUGUACGCCACCCGAGCUACGCCGGGCUGUGGCUUCUUUUUUUGGGGACGUACUGCGCAUUCCGCACGCCGAGUGAAUACAUCGACCAGUGUGGGCUGAUGCUGACGCCGGCCAAGUGGUUUGUGCAUGGCUUCUUUGUACUCUACAUAUUCGCCAUGCUUUCGGUCGUCAAACGAGGCAGGGUAGAGGACAAGCUGUUGGAGACUGCCAUUGGGAAGGAGUGGUUAGAGUACCGCGAGCGAGUUCCGUACAGUAUGAUUCCUGGUAUGUACUGAUAUGUUGAUGGUGCAAAUUAGAUAUGUAGAUGUGACUCUGCUGAUUUUUCUCUCGUGCACUUGUCAUUGACGCUGCCGUGUUUAACGCUAGACAAGUGUACCUAUCUACCUGCUUAUUCUGGCCCUCGCAUUUUUCUGCUACCAAAUGUCGACAUGAUGCACUCUUUAUACCAUACCUAUGACUACAUACAGUCCCUCGACUCUGAUGGACGCGAGUAAUUCAACUUGAUCGUGCUCUUUCGAUCCGCUGAUCACAGAAU